AUGGAAAACAAUGCACCACGGCUCUAUGAUGUACGAGCUCAAAACCCUCGCAAGACAGCAAAUAGCAGGCCUGGAAUCCCUCAUUUCGCUGAGCAAGCUUGUUCUGUCACACAACCGUAUUUCAAAAUUAAGUGGCAUAUCGGCCAGGAAAAAUGCUACCAUGCAACACUGGCUGCGGCUAUUCCACACCUACAAUAUUUAGAUGGGAACCCUGUGGGAAAGAAAGGAGAUGAGAGCAAGAUUUUUCAGGUAAAUGACGAUUUAUUGCCAACAGAGUCCAUUCCCUGGAAAGAUGACCACGAGAGUCGGCUAGAAAAUAUUGAAGCUCGUUUAAUGGAAGUACUGGACACUAUGAAGAGCACCUCAAAUAAAGGCCGCAAGAAAGGCACAAUUAGUGAGGUUCAAACCGAGGUUACAAAUGUCGAGAAGGACCUUUUCAAAAGAAAACAUCCAAAAAUGGUACAUUCACCGAACCAUGGAGUUUUGUCAGCUUUUAGAUUAGGAUUCGUUCAAAAGCAAAGAAGCUCUAGCUCACGAGGAGAGUCUCAUACACCUUCACAAGGUUUCAAGCAGCUUGCCAGAAGGCUUCGAAGCAAGUUUAAAGUAUACAAAAACUUGCUUUCUUUGGAAAAUCUGCAAGAAGCUUCUAUCAUUAUAUUUGGAUGCCCAAGGGAAAAAUUCAGCACGGCGGAGAUAGACAACUUGCGAUCCUAUGUAAGCAGUGGUGGUUCAGUGAUUUUUCUAAGCAAAGAAGGUGGUGAUAUCGCCCAAAAUACGAAUCUAAACGAUUUGACGCAAGAAUACGGGAUUACAAUCAAUUCCGAUGGAGUGUUUUCAGGUAGAAGUUUUUGCGGGCGAGAAUACAAUUCAGAUCCAAGGUGUGAACUUUUUUCUUCGUUCAAUAAUAAUAAUAGGAUAAUAAGCAGGUUUUGGGAGCCUGACGAUAUUGAAUAUGAUAAUUCAAGAAAUGAACUUCGAUUUCUAUACCCAUAUGGCACUACAUUAAGCGUUCAAAAACCGGCAACAACCAUACUUUCUUCUGGGUUUAUGUCUCAACCAGUGCAGUGCUCCAUUGGAGCAUUAUGGCAAGGAACUAAAGGCAAAGGACGAGUAGCUGUGACUGGAAGCGUAGCAAUGUUUGAGGAUGUCUGGCUAGACAAGGAAGAUAACGCUACGCUCUCAGAUUUUGUCUUUCUUUGGCUUUAUAAAGAAAAGUCUCUUGAGCUGGAAAAAGUGAACAUUGAGGAACCGGAUGCUAGAGAACUUGAACAAAUCCCAAACACAGAAGCUUUAGCUAACCGACUACGUUGUUGCUUACAAGAGGCCGAUGAUAUACCCAAAGACUUUACGCAGCUUCUUGACAACAGUCUUUUUAAGUACCACACAGACUUAAUACCUGAAACGGGUAAUUUGUAUAGAUCUCUUGGAGUUAAGCAUGCUCCUUUGACACUGAUCGCACCUCAGUUUGAGACUCCAUUACCACCUCUUCAGCCCGCUGUGUUUUCCCCAGUUUUGAAGGAACCAAAGUUACCAGAAAUAGACUUAUUUGACCUUGACGAUUGCUUUGCUUCACCAUGUGCAAGACUUGCACAACUAACUAACAAGGAGAGCUCCUUUCGAGCUGCUCAGUCGGGCCUGUGCAGUGGGAUAAGCAAGAUUGCUGAAGCUCUGGGUCCAAAGGAUGGUGAACUUGCUGGUAUAGGGGCCAUUUAUUAA